AUGAGUGAGACUGUCCCCAAUAGAGGCCCCGAGGUUCAGGCAGUGUGCUACACACUGGUUGUCUCUUCAGUGAUAGCAUGUGGACUACGAAUCUAUGUCCGUACACGGAUGGUGAAGAACUUUGGCUUUGACGAUUGGGCUAUGUGUGCUGCUCUUAUCACAUUCAUCUUAUUCUGCGCAAGUGCACUGAGUGGAGUGACUUAUGGAACAGGUCGUCACCGAGAUGACCUCGACCCAAAGGACUAUAUGCAAGCAAGGAAUUGGUGGUGGUGGUGCUAUUUAUGGUACUGUCUGACUAUGAUUGCUUCAAAGAUCUCCAUCGGCAUCACACUCCUUCGAAUCACGAACCGAAAGCUCGAUAUCUGGAUCCUCUACGGUACAAUGGCCAUCACUCUCUGCACCGGAAUCGUCUUCUUCUUUGUCACCCUCUUCCAAUGCUGGCCCAUCUCCUUUUUCUGGAACACCAACCAGAAGGGCUCUUGCGUCAGCCCAGAUGUCAUCAUCGCCCUCACAUAUCUGUACAGCGUCUUCAGUGUCAUCUCAGAUUUCACCUGCGCUAUCCUGCCAAUCUUCUUGGUAGCCAAGCUCAACAUGGGAAGGAAGACGAAGCUUGCUAUCAUUCCUCUGCUCGCCAUGGCCUGCGUGGCCAGCGCAGCUGUCGUCGUUCGUUUCGCCUUCAUCAAAGAUUUCAAGAACCCAGACUUCUUGUGGGCGACCGUCGAUAUCGCCAUCUGGUCGACCGCAGAACAAGGCCUCGCCAUCACCGCCGGCUCUUUGGCAACGCUGCGCCCUUUGCUUCGAUUACUCGGCCGCAAGCUUGGCAUAACGACAUCGGGACGGUCUGAAUUGCGAGACACAGAUCAGCAUAUGGGAUCAGGAAUGUUCGGAGCUUCAAAGGCUACAAACACCGGCAACAAGCAGGGCGAUCUUUUUGGGCUCGCCACAUUCGCAAGGGAGGACAACCUGCACGGCAACGGGCGAGACUGCGAGGCAGGAUAUACUGGGAAGGACCAUUUCGGCAGACCGUCAAAUGAAAGAGGUGUGGUGUCGACGUGGAGUUCUCGAAGGGAUACUUUUAACUCUAGUGAAGAAGAGUUGACGCCAGGCUUGGGACCUAAGAGUAGUGGUGGUGCCGUCAAGGUGACUACUACUUUCAAGGUCGAGGAGGACAGGAUUUGA